CGUUGUAGGCGGGCAGCUAAGGUCCGGAAGUUACCCCAAGUGAAAACAGAAAAAGAUGGCGGGGGACACUUCAAUGGAGCUUCUUUUUUUGGAUACGUUCAAACAUCAAAGUACAGAGCUGACAACUAAUGUGGACGUGGUGCGGUUUCCAUACGGGGUCCUAAUCACAGAAGUUCGUGUCAUUCCCCCGGGAAUUAAGGCACACAGCAGCCUCCCAGAUAACAGGGCAUACGGGGAAACGUCUCCUCAUUCUUUCCAGCUUGAGCUGUUUUUCAACAACCUCACUAAACCCAACAAUGCAUCCUUCCACAGACUGGGCAGUUUGGAAUAUGACGAAAACAAGUGCAUCAUCUUCAGGCCCAAUGGAAAGGUGAACACUGAUGGUUUGGUGCUGCGUGGUUGGUACACCAGUCUGACCGUGGCGGUUUAUGGUUCAGCAGAAAGGUCACAUGGUAGCGACCGGGAAUCUCCCCCGCCUCCCCCGCCCCCACCCCCUCAACAGCCGACUGGCCCCAAGAGGAUCAUCAAACAAGAAUGGGAUAAGGAGGAGCAUUAUAAUGGAAGCCCCCCCAGACCUGCUCCCCGAGGCCCCCGGACCCCCCCCGGACCUCCCCCACCAGACGAUGACGAGGAGGAGCAGGUCCCAUUGACAGUGGGCGUGGCCAAGGUAGAGCCAGCGGACCGAGGGGAGGACUACCUGGAGGCGGUGUCACCCGAACGCGGUUCGCUGCCCGCCGAUGAACCCUACUCUGACGCCGAGCCGGAGGAAGAGGAGGAGGAGGAGGAGGAGGAGGAAGAGCCGGAGGAAGAGGACGAUGCCAGGACUGACGGCAGCGCCCCUGAGGAGGAGGAGGAGGAAGAGGAUGAGGGUGAGGAGGAGGAAGAGAUGGAGGAAGGUGAUGACGGUUAUGAGCAGAUCAGUAGCGAUGAGGAUGACUUGGACAAUGGGAGUUUUAAACUCCCCAGUUUUGACAUUGACUACACCCCUGAAGACCUGGCCUCUGUACCCCCAGUUCAGUAUGACCCCUAUGAACGAGAGCUCCGUCCACUGCUAUAUUUCACCCCGCCCUACAAGACCCGAUUUGAUUCCCAGCUGGAGAGGGCCAGGGGAGCUAUGUUUGUAAGCCCCGAAGCGCCUGGAAGUGGAGAGGGGGCAGAGGCAGAGGCUGUAACCCAGCUGAGAGAGCUCCUGGCUGGGAUAGGAGAGGACCGUGACUCCCGCUGGGUCACAGCUCUGGAGCAGGCCUCAGGUCUGCUUGCUAAAGGGAUGGGCUUCCUGAUUGGACAGGGGAAAUGGGAGGAGUCUAUCUCAGCUCUGGUCCAAUGGGCUCUCCAGGGCCUGAGUAUGGAGAUCGCUCUGACCCAACCCAUUGCUCUAAACCUCAGACAGCUAAAAGCUGGAGCUAAGCUGGCUUCCUGUCUGGCCGAGUGUCCUCAGGGCCUCAACAUGCUCCUGGGCGAGGGGGCCCUGGGGCUCCUGCUGGAGCUGCUCAGUGCAGACCACGUGUCGUCCACACUGAAGCUGUGCAUUCUAAGGGCUCUGGAUGCCCUGACCAGUGCCCCCGCGGGCGUGGAGGCCUUCCUGCAGGACGGGGAGAUGGAGAGGAGUGGAUACCAGAGGUUGGUGCAGUUGUUCCUGGGAGAAGAGACUGUGAGGGUGGUCACCGCGGGCAACGCUAUUCUGCAAAAAGGCCACGCUUACGAGGUGUUGACUGAGCUGCAGAGGACCGCAGCUGUCUGGAGCGAACCUCAACAGGAUGAGGGGGAGGAGUCUGACAGUCCCAUGGAGGAAGAGACAUCUUUAGGCCCCUCCCCUGUGAGUGAGGCUGAGCUGGAUAGGAUGGCUGGGGUUCUAGAAGAGUUACAUCACCUGCUAGAGACUGCCCCCCACAACAUGGUUCAGCCCCCCGGAAAAGCCUUCCCCACGACUGCACGCAUCACUGGUCCCCAGGAGAGAGAUGACCCAAACCCCACACUGUACAGGUACAUGCAUGCGUGUCACUUCCUGGAGAGCACGGCGGUGGCGUUGUCUGCGGCCGCGGCGGCUGGACAUACAGGCGUCACGCACGCCGUCAGAGAACUCUUGCGUUUCCUGUCUCUCACCCAAUCAGGACUGCUCUUCAUGCUGGCCCAGCCCACACCCACCAACCUUUUGCUCCGCCUCCUAGCAACAGUUGCCGAGGUUGAGGGAGAGGAACCUGUGCUCACCGGGGUUGACGGAGGUUUUUCUGGGCCGGCACUGGGCGAAGAGGGAUUGGGGGUGUGGCUUAUGCAGGCGCUGCACGCCCUCCAAGGUGUGUCGGAGCUGAUGAGUCACGUGACCGCCGGGGGGGAGGGCGGGGUGGGGCUAGAGGAGGGCGACAGUGCGGAGGUUCUGAGCAUGCUCCAUGCCCUCUACCUCAUCACCUUCACACAGACCGGGAGGAGCGCCGUGGCCCACGUCUUUAGCCUGGACAACAACCUCUCCUGUCUGGUCGCCCUGCUGCAGCACCACAGCAAGGACGGACACGGGGAGGCCAAGGCUCGGAAGGCCGUCACCUAUAACUACGCCUGUAUGUUGGUGCUGAUGGUGGUUCAGAACUCCGGCGACCUCCGUACGAUGGAACAGCAUGCUGCUUCACUACUCAGCCUGGCCAAGGCCGACGACACCAACGCCAAACUGCAGGAGCUGGGUAAAUGGCUGGAGCCUCUGGACAAGGUGAAGUUUGAGAUCAGCAGCAUUCCCACCCUGCUAGACUACAUUAAACAGAACAUGGAGAGCUUGUUGACUGUGGAGGGAAGCGGCCUGAUGUCUGCCCUGCGGGUCCUGUGCCAGAUCGCCUGCCCCCCGCCCCCCGUGGAGGGCCAACAGAGGGACCUGAAGUGGAGCCUGGCGGGGGUGCAGCUGUUCUCCGCGGAGGGCCUGGACACAUGCGUGCGCGUGCUCCAGAAGCUGUGCAGCGUGCUGCUGCCUGCCUGGCGUGUGCAUGGACACAUGGGGCCCACCCCCCAGCGCUGUAUGAUCCUCGGCGUGUGCGUGAACACGCUAAGGCUACUGCGCUCCAUGCUGACGGAGCUGCUUCGCAGCGGGGCCUUCCAGUUCAGGGACACGCGCGUCGCUAGCGUGUUGGUGACACUGCACAUGAUCGUGUGUUCGGCGCCGGCGUCCGGCCGCCUGGAUGGGGAGGAGACCAGGGUCCAGGCCCUCAUCGUGGACGUGCUGCUGACCUUCACUCAGGGAGUCAGUGAACAGAUGACCCAUACAGAGGAGACCCUGCUCAGCAACACGUGGUCUCUGAUGCUGAAGGAGGUGUUGGGCUCCUUGCUGAAAGCCCCAGAGGGACUCUUCUCUGGCCUGACACUGCUCUCCGAACUGCUUCCGUUGCCACUGCCCAUGCAGAGCACACAGGUGAUCUCCGACGAGGACGUGGCGGUGGCGCUGAACACCAGGAAGCUGUGGAGCAUGCACCUACGGGUCCAGUGGCGCGCGUUCGCCGACGUCCUGGGCUGCGUGUGCGGGACAAGCUGUCCUCCGCUGCUGGCCGCGCUCCGCAGGGUGUGUGUGCAGCUGGCCGACCUGUCGUCCCCCACAGCCACGCUCAUCACCAAGACCCUGCUGGAGAUGCUGCUGGACGAGCUGCAGCCGGCGGAGGGCAAGACUCCAGGCUGGGGACAGGUCCUUCGUCUCCUCUCUCUGUUCGACGCCCUGGUUUCACAGAGAGCCUGUAAGAUCGCAGCGUUGCACCUGCUCUCCGGCUCCGCCCCCGGAGACGAGACGCCGGCCGAGCUCUUCCCGCUGCUGUUGGCCCUAUUGGUUCCCGCUGCUGACCACGCCCUCCCGCAACAGCACUGUGCCGAGCUGGUGGGAACCAUCCUCCAGUCACUGUGUGACCAGGACGUCUCCUUGGUGGCUUCCCAUCCGGCCGAGGGGUGUGUCUCAGAGGCCGAACAGCUGGCCAAUGCCCUGCCCGGACGGGAAAUGAUCUCGUCGGCGUGCGACUCCCUACUGGAGGUGUUGGGGAGCAGUGACAGCAGUGUGACGCUGCUUCUUACCUGCCUCAGAACUCUGAUGUUCCUGACAGAACACCACUAUGGACUUUACCACCUCAAAGGGGCUCUGAAGAAGCACAGUGCCAGUGUGUGUGCUCUGUUGAAGAGACAGGUGUUUUCCUUUACUAAAGACUCUGCUGAACUGCUUUCUGCUCUUCUGGACUUUUUGCGACAGAUCCUCAACACUGACCCAAUGGGUUGCUGUGGAGAGGAUAGCGGAGGGGAGGAGUCUGCGUUGGUCCCGCCCCCUCGUUCCGUGGCUCUUUCUGGCUCAGAGAUGAAGGCUCUGCUGCAGUGGGAGGAGACAGAGGCACACCCUCUGAACACACUUGAAAAACACAUCACGAAGCUGUGUAAAGAGGACGAUUCAUUGGAGACCCUGUUGGAGAAUGUGAUUGGUCUACGACAGACGUUGGAGACGGCUAUGGACACAUCAUCUCCCCCUGAGACAGAGCCCACACUUCCCAACCCAGACCCGCUGUUGACCCAGUUCAAUCACAGGACAGUGUUUGUGUUGUCGGACGUUUUGGAUGAACAGCUGAAGGCUCUGUGGUUCUCUCCCUUCCACACUGACGACAUGGAGGCUGAGCUGGACAUGGUGAAGGUAGAUCUGUUAAGCCUGGCCCAGGAGUGCUGUCCGGACUUGGACCUGAAGGCGGAGCUUGAACGCUCCUUCCUGUCUGAACCCUUGUCUCCCAGUCAUGCUAAAGCUAACAAGGGCUUCCGGUUGGGCAAGCACAAACAUGAAACCUUCAUCACCAGCGGUAAGUCAGACUACGUGGAGCCAGCUAAGCGAGCCCACAUGAUGACUGCUCCUCGCGGUCGGGGGAGGGGGGGCUUUGGGGGACAGCUCUGUCGCCCCCACGACAUCUUCCGUCAGCGCAAGCAGAACACCUCGCGCCCUCCCAGCAUGCACGUGGACGACUUUGUUGCCGCAGAGUUCAAAGACAUUGGGACUCCACUGGGCCUGUUGCCCCCUAAGAGACCCCCCAAGAGCUCUCCCAAACCCCCCACUAGGGGCCUGUUCACCGGGAACCGAGGCCGGGCCACCUUCCACAGCCAGCAGACACGCUUCUUCACCCCGCCGCAGCCCAAAGGAGUGCUGCUGUCCGGUAACUAUAACGCCCGUCGUGAGGCCGGCCGAGGCGGCUCGUCAUGGAGCGGUCCUGUUCCGCCGGUCACACACCGGGGAACCUACAACGACGCCAGGGGCGGCCAGAGCAACUUCACCCGCGGCCCUCUGCCGUCACGCCAGCAACCAACAGGUGCAUACCGCCUGGCUCCACGAGACCGCGCCCCUCGAGGUCGUGGUGGUACAGGCCUGUCUUGGCUGAGUCAGGGCGGGGGAGGCGGAGGAGGGGGCAGAGGUUCCCAGGGGGGGAAGUUCAGCAGUGGGGGAGGCAGCGGAGGGGGGAGGGGGCGACAUGUUCGCUCCUUCACCAGGUAAACAGCCCUGGCCAAUGACUGCAGCCUGUCACGGCUCUAACGGACCAAUCAGGAUUAUGGAUACGUUGUCUCAUGAGGAUGACGUGUGGACUUUGUGUUGCUCUUCGUGUCGUUAUUUUGUUUUUCUUUUACAUUGAUGUUCCAGCUUAAUAAAGUUCAGUAGACAACA